AGACCUGGGACACUGUGCAGAGUGUGAGGGUGUGGCUACCAGUGGGGCUGGAUCCAGGUUUGGCCUCUAUCAACCACAUGGCCUUGAUGAGCCACGUGACUAGACGAGGCGGCUGCCUCUCUGAACAGCGACAUUCUGGAGAUCUUGAUGCCGGGGUUCUUGUUCAUGAAGCCGAAGAAUGAGCUUCACAAACAGUCAAGAUUCCCACUGGAAAUCCAUUAUAUGAAUCUUAUUAUAAGCAGGUCGACCCUGCGUACACGGGGCGAGUUGGGGCGAGCGAAGCUGCACUUUUUCUGAAGAAGUCUGGGCUCUCAGACAUUAUCCUUGGGAAGAUAUGGGACUUGGCCGACCCCGAAGGUAAAGGGUUCUUGGACAAACAGGGUUUCUAUGUUGCACUGAGACUGGUGGCCUGUGCACAGAGCGGCCACGAAGUCACCUUGAGCAAUAUGAACUUGAACAUGCCGCCGCCUAAGUUCCAUGAUACCAGCAGCCCUUUGAUGGUCACACCACCUUCUGCAGAGGCCCUCUGGGCUGUGAGGGUAGAAGAAAAGGCAAAAUUUGAUGGAAUUUUUGAAAGCCUCUUACCCAUAAAUGGUUUGCUCUCUGGAGACAAGGUCAAGCCAGUCCUCAUGAACUCAAAGCUGCCUCUUGAUGUCCUGGGCAGGGUCUGGGACCUCAGCGACAUCGACAAAGACGGGCACCUGGACAGAGAUGAGUUCGCUGUGGCAAUGCACUUGGUGUACCGCGCCCUCGAGAAGGAGCCCGUGCCCUCCGUGCUGCCACCACCCCUCAUCCCCCCCUCCAAGAGAAAGAAGGUGGUGUUUCCUGGCGCCGUGCCUGUGCUGCCCGCCAGCCCCCCGCCAAAGGACAGCCUCCGCUCCACGCCUUCCCACGGCAGCGUCAGCAGCCUGAACAGCACAGGAAGCCUGUCUCCCAAGCACGGUAUCAAGCAAACGCAGCCCACAGUGAACUGGGUGGUGCCUGUUGCAGACAAGAUGCGCUUUGAUGAGAUUUUCCUCAAGACCGACUUGGACCUGGACGGCUAUGUGAGUGGCCAGGAGGUGAAGGAGAUCUUCAUGCACUCAGGCCUCACACAGAACCUUCUCGCACACAUAUGGGCCCUGGCCGAUACGAGGCAAACGGGGAAGUUAAGCAAAGACCAAUUCGCGUUAGCUAUGUAUUUCAUUCAGCAGAAGGUCAGCAAAGGCAUCGACCCCCCUCAGGCCCUCUCGCCGGACAUGGUCCCGCCCUCAGAGAGAGGCACCCCGGUCCUGGACAGUUCAAGUUCUCUCGGGUCCGGGGAGUUCACUGGCGUGAAGGAACUUGAUGACAUCGGCCAAGAGAUCGCCCAGUUACAAAGAGAGAAGUACUCACUGGAACAGGAUAUUAGAGAGAAGGAAGAGGCGCUCAGACAGAAAACCAGUGAGGUCCAGGAAUUACAAAACGAUUUAGACCGGGAAACAAACAGUUUGCAGGAGCUAGAGGCUCAGAAGCAGGAUGCCCAAGACCGCCUCGAUGAAAUGGACCAGCAGAAGGCCAAGCUCCGUGACAUGCUGAGCGAUGUCAGGCAGAAGUGUCAGGAUGAGACACAGAUGAUUUCCUCGUUGAAGACCCAGAUCCAGUCUCAGGAAUCUGACCUCAAGUCACAGGAAGAUGACCUGAACCGGGCUAAAUCUGAGCUGAACCGACUGCAGCAGGAAGAGACUCAGCUGGAGCAGAGCAUCCAGGCUGGCAGAGUCCAGCUGGAGACCAUCAUCAAGUCCCUGAAGUCGACACAAGAUGAGAUCAACCAGGCGAGAAGCAAGCUUUGCCAACUGCACGAAAGCCCCCAGGAUGCCCCCAGGGCCUUGGAGCAGUACGCCGAGGCACUCGACGGGGCCCCCGGCGCCGGCCUGACCAGCGUGACCGGCCUGAGCGAGGGCGUCUCCCUGACAGAGAGGGGCGGUUUUGGAGCCAUGGACGAUCCUUUCAAAAAUAAAGCCUUGUUAUUUAGCAACAAUGCCCAAGAAUUGCAUCCGGAUCCUUUCCAGGCUGAAGACCCCUUCAAAUCUGACCCAUUUAAAGGAGCCGAUCCCUUCAAAGGUGACCCGUUCCAGAAUGACCCAUUUGCAGAACAACAGGCAAGUUCAACAGAUCCGUUCGGAGGGGAUCCUUUCAAAGAAAGUGACCCAUUCCGUAGCUCUGCACCCGACGACUUCUUUAAGAAACAGACAAAGAACGACCCAUUUACCUCAGACCCAUUCACAAAAAACCCUUCUUUACCCCCAAAGCUCGACCCCUUUGAAUCUAGCGACCCGUUUUCAUCCUCCAGUGUCUCCACAAAAGGAUCCGGUCCCUUUGGAACCUUAGACCCCUUUGCAAGUGGGUCCUUCAAUAGUGCUGAGGGCUUCGCUGACUUCAGCCAGAUGUCCAAGCCCCCAACUUCUGGCCCUUUGACCUCCUCCUUUGGAGGGGCAGGAUUCUCAGAGGACCCCUUUAAAAGUAAACAGGAUACUCCCGCUCUGCCUCCGAAGAAGCCUGCUCCUCCGAGGCCUAAACCGCCCAGCGAAGCAAUAGCUGAACAGAAAAACUCUGCCCUGUACACACUGCUGGGCGGUAAAAGUACACCCGUAAGCCAGCUGGGUUCUGCAGACUUUCCCGAGCCCCCCGAUCCAUUCCAGCCACUCGGGGCUGACAGCAGUGACCCGUUCCAAAAUAAAAAGGGCUUUGGGGACCCAUUUAGUGGAAAAGAUCCGUUCGCUUCCUCCUCUUCAACUAAACCUUCUAAAGCCUCUCCCUUGGGCUUUGCAGACCUCACCUCUUUUGGCAAUGAGGAGCAGCAGCUGGCGUGGGCCAAGCGGGAGAGCGAGAGGGCGGAGCAGGAGAGGCUGGCGCGGCUGCGGAGGCAGGAGCAGGAGGACCUGGAGCUGGCCAUCGCACUCAGCAAGGCCGACAUGCCCGCCACCUAGGCGCAGGUCCCCACGCAGCGCGUGCAGGCGGGCAGCCUCGGGGGCAGGUCUGCGAAAGGAGAAGACCAGGGUCUGUAUAUACACGCUCACGGCGGCCCUGUCUCACGUGACGUGUCACAGCCACUGUUACAGCAAGGACUCGCUGGUCAGGGGGCCUUGGGGCCUAGGGGCUUCCUCAGGACCAGGAAAGGCAGCCCAGCCUGGAGGAGAGGCCCAGAGAGGCGCAGCUGCACCCCGUCUGUGACAUCCCUGUUGAGUGGCAGCGCCCGGCCCUUCCCCCUGCCUGGGCUGAGCUUCCCUGACCUCCCUCCUGAGAUGACACUCCGGAAAUGUAUGCACUCGUUGUAUAAAAAUUAAGUUUGAGCAAUUAAUAUAAAAUAUUUUAAU